AUGGGUAAAAUUAGUCUUCGGAAAAGUAAAUCGAAACCGAAGGAAGUUCCAAAAGUAGUCGAAGACGAUGAAGUGUCUAUGGACGACAUCGAAGAUGACGGCGAUUAUGAAGAACUAGCUGAACAUAAUCAUGUUGAUUUCGAUAAGCAUAGUGUCGUCUCCAACAAAACAAUCAAGUCACUUGUAUCGAAGAAAAAAGAUAAGAUAAAACUGAAACGACAAUUUCUAUUGAAACGUUUACAUGCCGAACAUGAAUCGAAGCGUGAAGCGAAAGAACGCGCUGCACGUCGACAAACUGUUAUUAUUAGUGAUAUGAAACAUGAAUUUGAAAAUUCUCUUGGUCAGAUCGAAUCCUAUUUGGAAGAACAACGAUUGACAACGGCGGCAAAGAAGAACACUCGAAGGCAAAUUCCAUCCCAACUCGAACGAAAUCGCCAAAGUCAAGUCAAUAUCGACACAUUCAAUAAGGUUUGUCAAACGAUUGAAAAUGCAGCAAAUCCAUUCGAUUUGAUUAAAAAACAAUUGCAACAACAGAUCGCUCCAGCAACAAAGAAGAAAAAAUAA